GCGUUGCCGCAAAUCUUUGCAGAGUCAUGUGCUUCUCCUCCGGUACCGAGCCGAGGCCGCGGGUUUGGCCCCUGCUUUGAACGCUUUCCCCUCUCUCCUGCGCGGCUUAAACAUCCCCGAAGUCCCUGUACUCGCUUCCUCGUUUUCCCUAUUUGUUUUGGGCGGACGGAAAGCCGUGGUUGUUCAGUUCAUCUUUGGUUCUGGACAGUUCUGAUCCAGACCCGGAGCCAUGGCCGAUGGGGAGCGCUCACCACUGCUGUCUGAUCAAGACGAAGGUCCUGGCUGCGGUUUGCCGUCCAAACUCCAUGGUGUGCCUCCCUUCCCUGUAGCCCCAGAUGAGCCCCCUCCUCCAUACUCGCCCCAGGGCAGUCCUGACAGCAGCAGCGCCCCCAUCAUCAGCUGCCGCGUGUGCCAGAGCGCCAUCUCUGUGGAGGGCAAAGGUCACCUGCACGUGGUCAAGUGCAGCUUCUGCAACGAGGCAACGCCCAUAAAAAAUCCUCCUGUGGGGAAGAAAUAUGUGCGCUGUCCAUGUAACUGUCUGCUCAUCUGUAAAGUCACAUCUCAGAGAAUCGCCUGCCCAAGACCUUACUGUAAGCGCAUCAUUAACCUGGGCCCGGUGCACAUCGGCAGAGACAGCCCAGAGCCACAGCACCACCAGCCCGUCGGGAUCAGGGUCAUCUGUGGGCAUUGCGCCAACACUUUCCUGUGGACGGAGUUUUCAGACCGAACUUUGGCCCGUUGUCCCCACUGCAGAAAAGUCUCCUCUAUUGGUCGGCGGUAUCCUAGGAGGCGGAGUUUGUUGUGCUUCUUGUUGUUUAUCGUCUUUGCUGUUUCCACUGCUGGACUCAUGGCGGGGACGUGGAUUUCUGCUAAGUCUUCUCGUGGUAUUUACGUGUCCUGGGCUCUGCUCCUCUGCCUGGCUGUGCUCACUCUGGCUCGCACUCUUUACUGGAGGUGCCUCAAAAUCAGUGACCCCAUUUCCAACAUCACAUAGACCCGGACCGUGACCACAGAAUGCACAAAAAAAAGUUCACAGCACUGAAAAUGAACUAGUACACAUAGGCCUGUCACGAUAACAACUUUUGAAGUGCAAUUUAUUGUUGAAGAAUUUAUAAACAGUAAUUGAGAAUACUGAAACUAAAUUAUGCUGCAGAUAUAAUAACACUAAAGCAGAAUUACCCCCCCCCCCCCCCCCCCCCCCAAACUAUUCUAAAUGUAUAGAGGUUAUGCACUGAUAUCUUUUUUUUUUUUUUCCUAAAAGAAGAAACAUUAUGACUGAGUGGCACUAAGACAGAACUAUGAGUUGUGUAACAGACAAAAUGUGUUUCUUUGCUUUUUUGGCCUAAUUUUUUUUAGUUCAAAUUAACUUUAUACGGCAAAAUGGAAACUGAAAGUAGUUUCUCCUUGCUGUGACUGCAUUAGCUAGCUUGUUAGCUAACAAUAUAGGAGAUAAAGAACACUUUAACUCUCCCCACAACAAUUAAUCUCCUCAAAACACAGACUCAGAAAUAUGUUAUUUAGGGAGAGAAAAGAUCAGUUCAACUGUGUCUGAUCCCAAAGUCUGUAUCGGUGAUAAAUGUGCAUCUGCAGUGUCCCUGUUGUUUAACUGUUAACUGCUUUUCUGAUUGACUAAUUUUCUUGUUAUAGAUGUCAGGUACAAAUUAAAUAU